GCAAUCGGAUUACAGUGUUUUAUAUGUGGUGAUGGCAAUUUGGACGAAUUUGGCGAGUGCAGUGCUCAAUUUGAAUACAACUGCUCGAAUUAUGCGAAACGUUUCCAGUCCGACGAACCUAUAUUUUGUCGUACAACACGGCAAAAAGCACUUAAUAGUAGGUUUUGUUCUAGAUUUUGGCUCGAUUUCGAGGGAUUCACUCAAUUCAAUGAGUGCAUAAGUGAGCAGGAUCAUUAUCGGACAUUCCCCAAGAAAGACUACCGGCUGCAAGAGGAGUGCGAUCUGAUUGAAAGCGAGUCACAAGAAUUGGCCUAUUGCUUGUGUGGAACCGACUUAUGCAAUGAAAGACCAAUUGCAGAACAAUUCAUUGCGUUUGAAGAGGAACAUCCGGAGCUGUUCUCAGACUCUGACAAUAAUGAAAGCACAUCUCUAAAACCAACUCCUAGUGAAAUGCCAAAUCGAGCAAAAACUGAUGAGAAAUCAGCGUUCGACGCAGAUCAGAGUGGACUGGAACAGAUGGAAGCGGCUAAAGGCGGCCAGCAACAGCUGAGACGCCAUCCAGCAAUCCAUACUCAUGCAAAUGAUCAAGUACACAAAAAUAUACAGAGCGUUCCGAAUGCAGAAAGUGGUUCCGUCAGCGAAUUGUCAGCCAGUGAAGGAACUCAUCUUCUAGUCGAUGCAGGAAGCAGCACCACACCAUCGACCCUGAAGUGUCUGCAAUGUGCUCAAGGCAAUCUCGAAGAUAGCCGAGCGGACUGCGCGCAACAGAUCGUUGUGGAAUGCGAUCGCCGAAGUUCAGCCACUCGUGGCAGUGAUCAGCCAGAGUAUUUUUGCUUAACAAGACAAAUUUUAAUAGCACGAGACUUGGAUUUGAAAGCUCCGUUGCUUAAAGGACAAAAUGCAAUUGAAAAAAUGUGCGUCACACAUACAGCGCUAGUGGAGGAGUACGGUAAUGGAGUGGAUCAUGAUGGUUGUACGAUAACGAAUGCUGGGCAUGUUCGAUAUUGUGUUUGUCAAACUGACGAGUGUAAUCGUCUCACGAUCAACGAACAGAUAUCCAUGAGCAACCCACCUUCACUCGAUUACGACUCAACUUCAGCACCAUCAAUGGCAUCAACACAGAAGUCAAUAAUUUCGCCAAAUUCACAGCGAGUGGUCUCAUGUCACGUAUGCAGUGAGAGUCGAUUGAGCAGUCCAGAAGCUGACUGUUCAAAACCAGUUGUGGUCAAUUGCAAUAAGCAAUUUGAAGAUGGCAGUGGAAUCUACUGCUUAAGCAAAAGGACUCAGUUAACACCAACCAUGUACAGCCUGGAGAAACGAUGCUUAUCACAGGGAGAGCUGUCCAAUCAAAGUGGUGCUGAUAGCAUAUCGCGUGAUGCACUCACGGUUGGAUGCCAUGAGGCAUACGAUGGCCUUGUUGUGUACUGCAUUUGUCAAGAAGUGGUGGCGUUGAACCCGGGUAUUUCUUUGCAAAAUAUGCUCGGUGAAUCUGACGGUGACGAUAGGAUGACUGCAAGCUCAAGUGUUGCGUCUGUCAGUUGUUGA